AUGAAUCCAUCAAUUAUCCAACUUUUACUUCAACACGACGAAAUAGUAGUUAAACACGGACACAGUGAGUAUUCGCCAGUAGUAUUAAUAACAACUAAUAAGAAACAAGGGAAAGAAAGAAUAAGAGACAAAGAAAGCAAGACCAACGGAAGAAUGGAUAACAACGUCACCUAUUCUUUGUCUCAGAUGAAUUUAGACCCUCCUACCCUCGGUCGUAGGAAAUCAACGUUAAUCUUCGACGAUGAAGAAGAAAUGGGGUACACAAACCAUCAGGAACACAGUAAGUCGAUGGAUUCAGAUUCCUCGAGCUCAACAGAGUCUCUGAGGACUGGAAUGUGCCCAGUAGAGAUUACUUGGCAACAAGGUGGUAAUAAAGUUUAUGUUACAGGAUCUUUUACAGGAUGGAGAAAGAUGAUUGGAUUGGUACCGGUUCCUGAUCAACCAGGGUUAUUGCAUGCUAAGUUACAACUGCCUAUUGGUACUCACAGAUUCAGGUUCAUUGUCGACAAUGAAUUGAGGUUUAGUGAUUAUUUACCAACUGCUACAGAUCAAAUGGGUAACUUUGUCAAUUAUUUAGAAAUCGGUAGAGGCCAAAAAGACACAUUGAGCGCAAGAUCAAGAAUUGCAAUGGAAAUUGAAAACGAACCUGAUGAUAUCGGUAAUGGGUUUACAAGGUUUAAAGAAGAGAUACCUUUAAAACCUCAAGUUGAAUAUACGCAAGAUAUUCCAGCAGUUUUUACAGAUCCAAGCGUUAUGGAACAGUACUACUUGACAUUGGACCAACAACAACACAAUCAUCAAAACAUGGCCUGGUUAACGCCGCCAACAUUACCACCACAUUUAGAAGACGUGCCGUUGAAUAGUUACAAUGGUAUACAAGGUGAUAGUAAUAAUGAAAACAAUAGUGGUGCACUACCAAUUCCUAAUCAUGUUGUGCUUAAUCAUCUGGCCACUAGUAGCAUCAAACACAAUACUCUUUGUGUCGCAUCAAUUGUUAGAUACAAGAGGAAAUACGUGACUCAGAUUCUUUAUGCGCCGCUGCAAUGA